AAAGAGUCCACGAGGCUAAGAAUUUUAACGUCCACGAGGCUUCACUAUAUAUAUAAAGUUGUCGCGUGGGGGUGGAGAUUUGAUUUUGGCCAAUCAAGCCAUGAUUGCAGGUGUUUGUUGUGUGAUGAGGCGGACUUGCCCUUGUUUGUAUGUAAAGGGAAGCCAAGGCCAAGCCCCCCAUGGCUUUAAUAACCUGGAGAAGAUAGUGAAGGCCAAACAGAAGGCAUUGGAAGCAGAGCUUAGUCAAACAAGUGGUGGACAGCUGGAGGCGAGGCUCACCUCUGUGCAACCCAAGUCAAAACCAUUUCUACUGUUGGAGCGUCUCGUCAAUACCAGGCUCAAAGGAUUCACUGCAAUCAUAGUGGAGGUGGAGGCGGAGGUGGCUUCAGAUACCCUUCGUUGUAGUGAGUAUGUCAACUGGGGAGCUGAUGCCAUUGCUAUUGCUGCCAACAUCGAUGCAAUUGCAAUACCGCACAUUCAUCAACUCUCCGCAGCAUUAUCGGUACCUAUCAUGGGUGCAGAUUGGAUUAUUCAUCCACUCCAGAUUGCUCAAACUGCUGAAGCUGGAGCCUCUGCUGUGAGACUGGUGUAUGCAGUCCUCAAGAAAGGGACAGCAGCUAUUUUAAGAUACACACAAGCUUUAGGACUGGAUGCCAUUGUUGAGGUCGUCAACCUUAAAGAGCUGGAAGAGAUUGCAACAUUAGGAGUUGCUACUUAUGGCAUCAAUUUGUCUGUUGGACUUUCUUUGCCAAUCCCAGGUUUUAGGCAAGACAUUGCCAAAAGUUUGUUGGGGAAUAUACCUUUUGGUUGUUAUUCGAUUGUGGGUGUCUCUUCAGCAGAAGAAGCUUUAGAAAUGAGACUCGCUGGUGCAGAUGCAGUAUACAUAAAACAGGAGGUCUUGGAAAGGUAUGAAGCGAGUGGAAACUCUCAGGAAACAUUUCUACAGAACUUAAGAGACAGUUUAACGGGAGAUGAUUGAGAGAAGAGUUUCAAGGCCCAAGCAGUCAUUUCGCUAGCAUGUUGAAGUAUAUUUGUAAAUGUAAGUUUAUGUAUUAUCUAACCAACAUCGACAUCAGGCUGGAGUUCACUAUUCCUCCUUAACCUGACUUAGUAUCAUUAAUACUUGCCUUCUCUUGAACUAUUCUAUCUUGGUAACGGAACCAGCCAUAUGAUGUUUUAAAUGAGCUGAUCGAUUACCCUCUUCAUGUAACAAAAGACUUUUUUCUUUGUAAAAUCUUUUUAUAAUUUUAAUUUUUUUGUGGUUGUGUUACUAAAA